AUGCCACCUAAAAAGGAUGAAGUUGAUUUGAAUGCAUUACCACCACUCAAGCAUCUUUGUGUUGGUAUUAGAAUUGAAGCUGGAAAGGCUCGUGCUGGAAAAUUAUUAAAUUUACUCAAAGAAUGCAAAUCAUUUCAGAAAAAUAUAACCAGAGAAGAAAUAAUCAAUUUUUGUAAAGAGAAGUAAUUGUAUGUUGAUCCUGCUACUUUAACUGAUAAACAAAAGAAAGUACAGUGUUGCUAUUGAUUAUAGGAUUCUAAAUUUAUGGCAGAAGUAGCUACAGAACUAACAUCAGAAGUUAUGAAUAAGGGAUUUUAGAUGUUCAUUUAAGAUUAAGUCUUAUAAAUAAGGAAAGCUAAGUAUUAAGCAACUCAAGCAUAAGCAGCAGAGAAAGCUGCUCCACCAAAGAAAGAUGACAAGAAAGAUGCAAAGAAGGGAGGCAAAGAAGCAGUGGCAGUUGCACCAAUUACAGAACCUGAAAAAGUUAUACCUGAGAAAGAGUACACUAAGAAUUUUGAUAUUGUUUUUAUUGUAUAAGGAUUCCCUCAAGUACCAUAAGAAUAGAUUGAAUUUAUUAUGCAUGUCAAAGAGAAAGUAAUUAAUUGGGGUGGAGUUGAUAUGAAUCUAUUAGAAUAAGGAGAGGAUUUCUAAGAAGAAUUAGAAAAGCGAAUGGAAGAAUUUGUAUAACCAGUUACAAUUAAGAGAUCUUAUUCAGAAGAAUCUCUACAUUAUACAGCUGCAGAAAGAGCAAUCAUAGAAGAAAUCAAAAAAUAAAGAAAUUGUUCUCAAAAGUCAGAUCCACUUAGAUAACUUACAAUUAAGGAAUUAAUAUUGGAAAUGGAUUUAGAAGCUGAAGAAGAAACACUUAAAUAAUUCCAUGAAUAAUUAAUUGAAGAAAUAUGUUAAUUUAGUGUAGAUCAAUAAUAAUUUAAUGAAUGGAUUGUGAAUAAAAAACCAAUUCCUUUGAUUACUAAGGAAGCACCAAAAGAUCCAUUUGAUUUAGAAGUUGAACGUAUUAAACAUGAAGCUCAUUAAGCAGAAGAAUAAUAGAAGGCAGCAGAAGAAGCAGUUGCUGCAGAGAAGAACAAAAAAGGAGCUAAGAAAGAGGCUAAGAAAACUGAUGCAGAAUUAGAAGCUGAGAGAUUGGCUGAAAUAGAAAAGAAUAAAUAAAAUGAAUUGAGAAAAUAAUAAAUUGAAGAAGCUUUGGAAUAACAAUAAAAAAUGAAAGACAAAUUACAUUUAUAAUAUUAUAAGCGAUAAUUAUCUGAUGUACAAUUGUCAAAAGUAGGACCUUGUAUCUUAUUAGAAUGUUUAUUAGAUUAGUUAUCUGCUGAAGCUGCUUAUAUAUAAAGUUCUAAAGUACCUCCUUGUUUAGAGGAUUAAGAAGAUGCAGAACAAGUGAAUAGACUUUUAGCUAAUCAAAAAAAAGAUUAAUAAUAAAUAGAGAGUGCUAAAUAAUUGAUAUUAGAUGAAUGUGAUUAUAUUGAAGUAAGAGGACAUUUUGGUUAAUUGCAUGAUUAAUAAUUUAUAGUAGAGAGAGAACACAAAAUAUUUGAUAAUUUAUGUUUACCUGGUAUUGAUAGAUAAGGCAUGCCAGAAAUAGCAGAGAAAUCAGAAAAACUAAGAAAAGCUAAUAAGGCAAAAUUGCAUCCAUUUAUAAAUGUAGAUGUAAGUGAAUUUGAAAGAAGACAAUUACUUUUAUCUUUUGAAGAAUUACUCAAAGAAAAUGAACCUGAAUAAGAUUGGAAUUUGGGAGAUCGUAUAUAUUUAGAGAGACAUAAUAAAAAUACUCUUAGAUAAUAGUUUUAUGAAGCAUUAUUACAUGAUCCUCAAGUAGUUCUAAAAUAUUUACCUGAUGAUGAUGCUCUUAUGGUUUGUUGUUAUUAUAAGAAUCCUCCUGGAAGAACAUUAAGAAAGAAAUGGUCAGCUGAAUGGAGAGUAUUACCAAAUUUGGAAUACUUUAUUUAAGUUCGUAAUUUUAAUAGUGAAUACUAUUAUGAUAUUGAUUAUUAAUAAAUUGGUGCUAUUACUGAAAGAUCAAAAAUAAUGUAUCCAACUGAUAAUUCAUUAAUAAUUGCAACUAAAUUUACAGUAGGAGAAGUUGAACGUUUAAGAUAUAGAGUUAUUAAAGAAAAUGUUGUAUUUGGAAUAUAAGGAGGUUUUUAUGCAUAAUUUAGAGAUUUGAGAAUGAGUGCUUAAGAUUAGAUAAUGAAUUUGACAUUUAAGAAUGGUCUUUGUUUAAGGUUUACUCAAAAGGGAGAAGUAGUUUAAUAAUAUUUGUAUUAAAAAUAAUAAGAAUAAACUCAAACAUUAUUAAAUUUAUAUGAUAAUGCAGAAAUCAAUCAUGAAUUAGAAAUUAAAAGAGUUAUUACAGGAUAAGGAACAGUAAUAGUUUAUAAAAAAGAUGGAUCAAUCAUAGUAUUAUAUGCAAAUGGUAAUGUUUCUAUGUACAAAAAUGAUAUGUGGAUAACAACAAAUAAUAAAGGAUUUAGAAAAUCAUAGAAGGGAAUAGAAAAGAUUCCUUGUGCUACAAAAAAUGAUCCUGAAAGUGGUGCCAAAGUUUAUAUAAGAGAUGAUCAAACUCUUAUUAUUUAUUACAAGGAUGGAUCUCAAUAUACAUAACAUUAUGAUGGAACCAUAAUGCUUAUAAAAGGAGAUAAGGUAAUUGUUGAACAUCCUAAUUUUGCCAGUGUUGUAGUCACAAUAGACAAGGUGAAAUAAAGAACUGGAACUAUUAUUGGAAUGGGUAGUGCUUAUGCAAAUGUAGGUUUUGACAAUAUAUUUGAAAGAAGUAAUGAUGGUAGAGUAGUUGAAACCUAUUAUUAAGGAUGCAAAAUAAUUUCAUAUAUUGAGAAAUAAGAGUUACCAGAAUACAAGUAAUAUAAAACCAAUAGAAUUCAUUUGAUGUAUACUUAAGAUGGAAGUGUUGCUAAAGUAGUUGAUGAUGGAGAAAUUGUUAUUGUAACUGCUGAAGAGAGAGUAAGACUCAAUAAUAAAGGAGAGAAGAAACCAUUAGGAUAAGAUUUAGAUUAUUGGUUAUAAUUGUUUUCUGUAUCAGAUGAACGUAAAGCUGGAGUUUAUACAAUUGAUUUAACUAGAAAAUGUAUUUUUACAAAAGAUGAAGAAUCUAAUUAUUUUUAAAUUGAUGAAGAUGGAACUGUUACAUCUAAGAUAUCAGUAUCUUUAAAUUAAGAACCCUCUACUCCUGAUUAUAUUCCAGAUGGUUUGUUUGUAGAUGAAGAAAAUAAAGUACUUCCACCACCAAAAUCAUGGGUUCCUCCAAGAUUAUUUUUAGUUAAAAAUGAUAAUACUGGUAUUGAAUUAUUUAAUCAAACUCAAUUAUAAGAUUACUUUAGACUUAAAUCAGAAAAUCCUUUCUGUACUAAAUUAAUUGAUGAAUUACCAAAUAAUGUCAAAUCUAUUUCAUUCCUAACUGAAUUAAAGAAUUAAUCUUAAAAGUUCAUUGAAGUCAAAAUACCUUAAACAUUAGAUAUUGUACCAAAAACUGUUUAAAAAACUACAAUAAUUCCUCAUAAAGUCUUUACUUAUCGAAAUUUCUUAGAAUAUCUUCCAUUUGAUAAAGAAUAAAGAGCUCUUCAUGAGUAAUCAUUAUAAAAAUAUGAAGUUUGGUAAAAAGCAAUGUAAAAAGCAUNAAGAGAUGAUCAAACUCUUAUUAUUUAUUACAAGGAUGGAUCUCAAUAUACAUAACAUUAUGAUGGAACCAUAAUGCUUAUAAAAGGAGAUAAGGUAAUUGUUGAACAUCCUAAUUUUGCCAGUGUUGUAGUCACAAUAGACAAGGUGAAAUAAAGAACUGGAACUAUUAUUGGAAUGGGUAGUGCUUAUGCAAAUGUAGGUUUUGACAAUAUAUUUGAAAGAAGUAAUGAUGGUAGAGUAGUUGAAACCUAUUAUUAAGGAUGCAAAAUAAUUUCAUAUAUUGAGAAAUAAGAGUUACCAGAAUACAAGUAAUAUAAAACCAAUAGAAUUCAUUUGAUGUAUACUUAAGAUGGAAGUGUUGCUAAAGUAGUUGAUGAUGGAGAAAUUGUUAUUGUAACUGCUGAAGAGAGAGUAAGACUCAAUAAUAAAGGAGAGAAGAAACCAUUAGGAUAAGAUUUAGAUUAUUGGUUAUAAUUGUUUUCUGUAUCAGAUGAACGUAAAGCUGGAGUUUAUACAAUUGAUUUAACUAGAAAAUGUAUUUUUACAAAAGAUGAAGAAUCUAAUUAUUUUUAAAUUGAUGAAGAUGGAACUGUUACAUCUAAGAUAUCAGUAUCUUUAAAUUAAGAACCCUCUACUCCUGAUUAUAUUCCAGAUGGUUUGUUUGUAGAUGAAGAAAAUAAAGUACUUCCACCACCAAAAUCAUGGGUUCCUCCAAGAUUAUUUUUAGUUAAAAAUGAUAAUACUGGUAUUGAAUUAUUUAAUCAAACUCAAUUAUAAGAUUACUUUAGACUUAAAUCAGAAAAUCCUUUCUGUACUAAAUUAAUUGAUGAAUUACCAAAUAAUGUCAAAUCUAUUUCAUUCCUAACUGAAUUAAAGAAUUAAUCUUAAAAGUUCAUUGAAGUCAAAAUACCUUAAACAUUAGAUAUUGUACCAAAAACUGUUUAAAAAACUACAAUAAUUCCUCAUAAAGUCUUUACUUAUCGAAAUUUCUUAGAAUAUCUUCCAUUUGAUAAAGAAUAAAGAGCUCUUCAUGAGUAAUCAUUAUAAAAAUAUGAAGUUUGGUAAAAAGCAAUGUAAAAAGCAUAAAAUGAAUUUGGUGUUAUACAAAAAUCAGAAGAUGAAAGAGAUGCUGAAUUUAUUAUUUAAAUGAAAAUCUUGGAAAGCAGAAGAACUGAUUAUUCAUAUGAAUCCUAUGAUUAAGCCAAAAGUAAAAUUACUUUGCCAGAUACAACAUCCAAUAUUGUUGAACCUCUAGAAUAAACUCUAGUUAGAACUGCUAAAGUAUAGUAAGUUGUCUAAUAAGCCUUUAUUGAUAUACAUAGAAAAGUACAAACUAUUUAACUCUAAAAAUCAAUCAAACCAUCUGUUGAAGCCUAAGGUUUUGUAUAAAAUUACUUUGAUACAAAAGAAGGACAUGAAUAUUUAAAAACAGCUCCUGAAAAUCCUCCAAUAAAAAAACCAAGAGAAAGAAUAGUAUAACCUAUAGAAGAAUAAUAAUAAAUACACAAUUAAUAAGAAGUGUAAAAGACAAUACAAGAUGGAAUCAUUCCAUUAGAAUAACCUUAAUUACCUUCCCCAUAAUAUAAUGAUACAAACAAUCUUACAAAAGUGAUUAUUAAACCCUCUGUAUUUACACAAGCAGAGAUUGAUGAUGAAGUUAAAUAAAGAAAAUAACUUGAUGAAUCAAUAAGAUAUAGAUAAGUAAAAAAGAAGGAUUUUGAUGUCUAUGGAAAAGAGAGAAAAGAUAUUAAAUUAGUACCUUGUCUUCUUAAAACUAAUCCAAAAUCUGAAUUGAAUUAAAAGUAUAUUCUAACAGAUGCUAGUACAGAUAAUAGAAUUAAAAUAAGUUCUAUGGCUACUAGAGUUUAUUAAUAAGCUGCUCCUAUUAGUCAACUUAGAAAUGAAGGCAUGCAUCAAACUAUAAUAAGAACAUUAGAUAAGAAAAAUAAUUUAGAUGAUCUUAUUGACAAAAAGAAUCUUAUGGUUACUGGUGAUAUCAAUGAUAGAUUAAAGAAGGAUUUGUUAAUUUAUCCUAUAAAUGUUUAAUUUGGAGAACUUAAACAAGCAGGAUAAUAUGAAUUCAAGAUCUCUGUUAAAAAUGAGGAUAUUAUGGCAUAACGUAUAGUUUUAAAGUAACCAUUAAAUACUAACAUCAAAGUAUUCAUGAAAUAAAUGGGCUCAGUAUUUUAUUAUAUAUAUAUAUUUUAUUUAGAUAUCUCUAGGUUUAGUGAGAGAAGUAUUUGUUCACAUAAAUGCAGAAAGAGUUGGAUAAUUUUCUGAUGAAGUCUAAAUCAUGUCAAAACAUUCCAUUUAUACUAUACCAAUUAGUGGAAAUGUACUUGAGUAAAGCAUGUUUGAUAAACUCAAUUCAGAAUAGAUCAAACUCACUAAUAAACCUCUUUUAAGGAAGUAUGUUAGAGAUUUGAAAGCUGUAUUAUAUUAAUAAUUAUUAUUUAAAGUCUAAACAAUAAGAUAUUAUUGGAGAUAGUUAGGAUUCUGAUCUUCUACCUAAGAUAAAUUAUGAUAAGAAUAUCAAAAUUGAUGCUUUUUAAAAUCAUAAGAAGGAUGAAUAAUCAUAUGAGGAAGAAAAUUGA